CAUUCGCUGGUGAGGAUGCCCACUCUGGACACUGGUGAGCCCUGGCUUGCAGGCCAUCAGUCAAACUCUCCACCCCUCCCUCCACAGGACACCCAUGAGGACCAUGAUACCUCCACCGAGAAUGCAGACGAAUCCAACCACGACCCUCAGUUUGAGCCUAUAGUUUCUCUUCCUGAGCAAGAAAUUAAAACCCUGGAAGAAGAUGAAGAGGAACUUUUCAAAAUGCGGGCAAAGCUGUUUCGAUUCGCUUCAGAGAACGAUCUCCCAGAAUGGAAGGAGCGAGGCACCGGCGACGUGAAGCUCCUGAAGCAUAAGGAAAAAGGGACCAUCCGCCUCCUCAUGAGGAGGGACAAGACCUUGAAGAUCUGCGCCAACCACUAUAUCACGCCAAUGAUGGAGCUGAAGCCAAACGCAGGCAGUGACCGUGCCUGGGUCUGGAACACCCAUGCCGACUUCGCUGAUGAGCGCCCCAAGCCGGAGCUGCUGGCCAUCCGCUUCCUCAAUGCUGAAGAUGCACAGAAAUUCAAGACAAAGUUUGAAGAAUGCAGGAAAGAGAUCGAAGAGAGAGAAAAGAAAGGAGGACUGGGCAAAAACGAUAAUGCCGAGAAAGUGGCUGAAAAGCUAGAAGCUCUUUCGGUGGAGGAGAGCAAGGAGUCCGGAGAGGAGGAGACCAAGGAGAAAGCUGAGGAGAAGCAAUAAGUCCUCUGCCCUUGUUUUCUGUUCCUUUUUCCUUUUUUAAAAAAUUUGCCCUGCCCCGUCUUUUCGGUUUGUUUUUAUUCUGUUUUGUUUUUACAAGGGACUUUAUAUAAAGAACUGAAUUCCAACAUU